CGAGAGGAUGGAAGGGAGAGAGUGUGUGAGGGUGGGAGAGAGAGCGCAGUCAUCCUGCCAGACAGUGCGAAAGAGAGAGAAGGAUCAGACGCUCCCCCAGAACCAGCCUGCACCCCCAAACUGAGGAAAUGAUCAACCCAUGGUGCGGGUAACCUGCUGCCCAAGAUGAAGUGGCCUGGUAGCGCUCCAUCCUCCCCCCUCUUCUAUUGUUUACUCUUGAUUGGCACUUGCUCAGUGUUUCCCUUCCAUACAUUACCCCACCCAUCUCUCACCUCCAUGUCGGCUGCAACCCGACAUCCACAUCCCUCCUUUCAGGCUGCUCAGUACCAAGCGCACCCUCCUUUCCAUCCUACCUCAGAUCAUUCACACUUGCCUCUCCAUACAGCCGCCCGGCGCUCAGCCCAUCUCCUCCACUCUGCCCCUCACUCCCCCUUCCCAGUGGCCCAAGCACAAAAGCUGUCAGCCAGGACAGCAACUUUACCCAAAAAGGAGCCUCACCAUCUUCAUCACCAUUCAGGGAGCCCACGGGGAAAGCGCCAGUCCCCUGCGCCCAGCGUUCUUUUCCCAGUUGCCUUUGAAGGAGCAGCUCCUCCUUCCCAAUACCCCUGGGCCAUUGUGUGGGGUCCCACAGUAUCAGAUGAAGAUGGGGGCGCACUGAGCUCGGCUUCUUCCACGCCUCGUUCUGGUUACCACCAAGAUGGGGGCUCCCAUGAAAACAAGAAGCCUAUAGGUCUGGACCUGAGAGGAGCACCAACAACUUUACGACCCCCAAUCUACCCGCCUGUAGAUGAGGAAACUGACCCCCAGUUGUACGUCACCAUUGUCAUCUCAUUGCUGAUCGUGUUGGCGGCCACUGGAAUUAUUAUCAAAUUCUGCUGUGAGCGCAGACAAAAGAGAAGGCGCCACCGCAGCGACCGCUGCCCUUUACCCGAGGAGGGGAGCCUGCAGCCUCUAACGGACCUCUCCCCGGACACCGAUAUCUCUGGGCUUCAUGCUCUCAAGCUUGGCGAUUCCAAGAGUGGGCCGGAUAUACGGAUUGGCCCCUGCAGGACAAGCAAGAUACCCGUAGUGACCAUGUGAUUAGACUGUUAGCUCAGAAGACCUGCAUGAGGCGGUACGUGAAGGACAGAAAGGCUACUUGCUCUGCCCCGGCUCUUAAUACCCUAGGGGUCAAAUCCUUAUUAUUCCAAGUACCCCGUGGAUUUGUGUCCGUAUGACCAGGAGGAAGGAACUAUGGCCUGCUGGGAGUCAGAGACAAUGGGGCGCCCCCGGCUGGGCAGCUCUGCGGGGAUAUGUAUAUAUGUGUAUGUAUCAGGGCAGUGGUGCCAGUCUCCGUGUAGCUGUGCCUGAUGGUCCGUGUGUUCAGUAGAAACCAUCGUGAUAAAGGGCUUCCCCACACUGUGUCUGUGCCAAGCAUCCACGGGAACCAUCGCUACCACUCGCUAUUGCACAUCCACUGGGCUCUCUGCAUUUUUAUUUGUGUUUUUAAUAAAAUACGUUUGGAGUGGAA